AUUCACCCCUCUCCACCCACCGCGCCCUUUCUUCUCCCUUGCGCUUCCUCAUUCCUCAUUCCUCUCUCUCAUUUCCUCCUCUAGCCGUUCCUCUCUUCGGCUGCACUAUUUCUUCUCUUCUCUUUCUCCUAGCUUUAUCAACAUACAUAUCCACUUAUCCACUCCCCCACGCACGCGAUCACAACCAUGACGUGCAACAUCACCACCACGCCUCUCUACACCGAGGCCCUCCCACUCUACCAACGCGACCCCGAAACCGCCUCCAUACGCUCCGCCGCGCCGUCCUAUGUCUCCGAAGCGCCAACCUACACGUCGCGCCGCCAGAGCAUCCCCACUCCCAACUCCACCUCGCGCCCCUCCCCCACAGCCCGCCGCGCGACCACAUCUACCCAAGCCGCCCCACCCCGCCUCGGCCUCCCCUCCCCCAGAUACGCACCCGGCUUCCAAUCCCGCGCCCAUGGCUCCGCCAGCGACCUCUCCGCCCACAACUACAACAUCUCGCACUGGAGCAACAUCCACAGCAACCACCAAUCGCGCCAGUACGAGAACGUCGCGCGCCGCCGCGCCAACCAGGCCGCCAACACGACGGCGCUGCUGCACUCGCUCGCCGCGGUGCCCCCGCCUGCUGUUGUUAGCCCCGCGACUGCGGCGUCGGCAGGGACAUCCCCCGCCGCGUCGACCACCGCGCUCGACAACCUUGGCGGUGGGGUGCCGACGAGCCCGCUCGAGGACCCGUAUCUUGUGGGCGAGGAGGCGGCGGGGAGGGCGCGCCAGCAGCGGAUUUAUCGCGAGAUGUGCAUGAGGGGGGAGGAGGCGGUGAGGCUGGAGAGUAAGACGUGGGAUUUUAUGCUCGGGCAGAUGGCGGAUUGGGAGGAGCGGGAGCGGAGUUGGGGGAAGUUUAGGGAGACGGUGAAGACGGGGCGGACGAAGUUGUUGGGGCGGAGGAUUGGGUUGGGGGGCGGGAGGUUUGGGGUGUAG